AUGUCUGGCCCUCCACCGGUAUUUCGAGCUAUAUACUCAAAUACCGAGGUUUACGAAUGUGAUAUGAAUGAAUCUCCUAUCAUGAGGAGGUGUAAAGACGAUUGGGUCAAUGCAACGCAGAUUUUAAAAUGUUGCAAUUUCCCCAAGGCUAAACGGACAAAAAUUUUAGAAAAGGGUGUACAGCAAGGAUUACACGAAAAAGUUCAAGGAGGAUUUGGACGAUUCCAAGGAACGUGGAUACCACUUGAGGAUGCUCGCCGAUUAGCUUCUACAUACGGAGUGACAAAGGAGUUGGCACCGGUUUUAUUUUUAGAUUUUAACGAUCCAAAUUUAGUAAUCCCAGUAAAAGCAAAACCUCCACCAAAGGAAAAUACCAAUUUAGUUAAAAGAAAGUACGUCAAGAAACCGAAAGAGCCUGGAGACACACCAAAAAAGUACAAGACUGGUAAGAAAGCAGCUUUACAACAAGCAGCUGAGAUGGCGGCAGCAGAAGCAGCAGCAGCAGCAGCAGAUACCCUGAUGGGUGGUAUCACAGCAUCAGGCCAUAGCUCGUUCGUAUCUCAAGAUACAAGUGGCGUCCUUUCAAGACAAAAUUCAUACGUUGUUCCCCCCAAUUCUUACCCCCAGGUAUUCAACAAUGGCCAACAAGGAGUCGCAAAGCCAUUACCACAAUCCGCUUCCCAUCUGUAUGACCACAUUGCAUUAACACCUCAUAGUGCAGGUGCUUCGUUUUCACAACCUGAUUACCAAGCUAUCAAUGGAAGUGGCAGUUUAUCCAAUUCACAGAACGGGUAUCCGAAUCAGCAAAUGCUACUGCGGUUUCAACAACUCCAACCACAACAGUUUCCUCAGGUAUACCCUCAACAAAAUAGUAACGUGAGACAAUUUCCUGUUCCCAUUCCCAACCCAAUCCCACCGCAAGUAUACGCCGAGGGUAAGGUACUAUCGUCGCAAUCGUCCAACGAGUCAAACUGGUCAGUGCAUCAUGAUCCAAAAGAGAGCGACACAUCAAUGAACUCUAGUGUCGACGAAAGAAAAGCGUAUAACGAUGGCAACCAAUUCCCGCAAGAAGAACCAAGUCCAGGGGAUGACAACACUUACGCCGCACAACUUUUAAAAUUUUUCAGUGAAGAUAGUGCCGAUAUACCCUAUUUCAUUCAUUCACCACCAUCUGACUUCAACAUAAAUGAGCCUAUUGACGACGAAGGGCAUACGCCAUUGCAUUGGGCUGCGUCUAUUGGUAACUUCGAGAUGAUUCAUAUUUUAAUGAGCAAAGGUGCCAACCCGUUGAUUGUGAAUAACUUUGGUUUGAACCCGUUGUCGAAGUUAAUUUCGUUUAAUAAUUGUUAUGAAAUGAGAAAUUUUGACAAUGUCUUGAAUGAUCUAGAGCUAUGCUUGAUCAAUACCGAUAUAAACGGAAGGACACCACUACAUUACCUAUGCCAAUAUGCCAAAGUCAAAUCUAAAUUUGAGAGCUUGCAAUCGUAUUUGAAUUCAAUUUUGACAAAAUUGCAAAUCCUUACUGAACAGAGUCAAGCAAGGCUGGUUAAUUUGAUGAAGAACGUGUUGAACCAUCAGGAUGUUCGAGGCGAUACCUGUUUACAUAUUGCAAUUAAAUCAGGGUGUAUCAGUUUCAUUCAAACUUUACUUAAAUGUGGUGCAAGAGAUGACAUAGAGAACAUUAAUCGAGAAACAGCAGGUGGCUUAAUAAUGCAGUAUAAUCUCAUACCGAAUUAUGCACAAGUAGGGGCUGCACAAGAAGCUUAUCAAGCACAAUUAUCAAUGGGGUUCUUUGAACCAAAGGGUACUUUGCGUACUUUGCAAGAACCACAAGUUCCAAUACAGGGGUUGGCGACUCCAAUUCAGCCAAGUUUCAAUCGAGUUGAAACACCCGAUACACAAAAAACCACAGUACAAGAUGAUGAAGCCGAAGAAGAAGACGAAGAAAUGGCCAGAGUCGAUGACAGACAUCUUGAUGCAUUGAAUGAUGAUAAAGAAAACAUAUUCAUUGAAAAACACGGUGAAAAUGUGUCGUCGCCUGGACAGAGGAAUAAUUUCACAUCGGCACAUCAACCUCUAGCUGUGAUAUCUGAAAUCGAUACCGCAGGAUCUCCGGCAUCCGUCACAAGUAGCCAACACCCAGUUAUUGGUCAACAAUCACCACAAUCGCACUAUACUAAAAUACCGCAUCAAAGUUUGAACGAAAAGAGUCACCAUUCUCUGCGUCAGCUUUUCAAACGACCAAACCCUCCCAAGUUAGACGAAGAGGGAAGGAUCAUUAAGGAUGAAGAUAGCAAGCCACAUCUUCCCUUUGAGGACUUGUCUACCAUGGUUUCAGGAAUGAUCAGUUCGUUGUCUGAUUCCUACGAGGAUGAGUCGCAAAAGCUAGAUAAGGAACUUGAUUUAUUAAAGUCUACAAUUGCUGGUAAGCAAAGCGAAACGAAAAAGUCAAUGAAACAUAUAAGGAAAUUAUUUCUUAGUUCUGGAAUUGAUGAGGAAAACGAGGAUAUCACCAAUCUCGAAGAAGCACAGUCAAUCGUCAACAAACAUAUCGAGUUCUGUCAACAAAGCAUAACUGAGAAUGAAUUUAGAACAACAAACAUUAUGCAGCGCAAUCAAGCCUACGAAUUAGCCUCUUUGGUGCAAAGGGAAGAACAAGCUAUUAUGGAGGCAAAACAAAAUGAUCAAGAUGAAGACGACAAUGAAACCUUGGCCAAUGAAGAAAAGUUUGAUUUGGCUAUCGAGUUAACCCAGUAUCAAUUACAAAGAAACAAACUAGUGGGAGAGAUUGCCAAGAGGACUAAAAUGUUUGGUAUUGAUGACACAAUGUACAAAUAUAGGAAAUUGUUAAGUUUGAGUUGUGGUGUACGCGUGGAAGACAUUGAUAGUUUGAUUGACGGCAUUGCCGAAUCCCUAACUGAGGGCCGUUAA